AUGGAGAGUGGCUUAGAGCGCCGGCAGUCUGACACCGUUCUAGCAUCUGACGUUUACAGAACACAGAAAAAUGUCCACAUUAGGGUCUCCCACUGGUGUGGAUAAUGGUUAGAACUUAGAGCCAAUUAAAUAGUGAAACUCGUAAAUCGCCAUAUACCAUCUGUGAAUAAACUUUCAAGAAUUUGGAGAAGAAGAAGAAGAAGAAGAAGAAGAAGAAGAAGAAGAAGAAGAUGACGCUCAAAGUGUAUGUGGAUCGCAUGUCCCAGCCAUCCAGGGCUGUCGUUCUCUUCUGCAAGCUGAACCGGAUUGACUUUGUGGAGAUCAAAGUAGACUUGUCUAAGCGUCAGCAUUUGUCUCCUGAAUUUACAGAGAUAAACCCUAUGCAGCUAGUGCCUGCUAUAGUUGAUGGAAGAUUCAAGCUAUUUGAGAGUCACGCAAUCCUCAUCUAUCUAGCUUGCGUAUUUCCUGGAGUUGCUGAUCACUGGUAUCCAGCUGAUCUUUUCAAGAGAGCUAAGAUUCAAUCAGUGCUUGACUGGCAUCACACCAGCCUGCGCCGCGGAGCAGUUAUGUUUGUUCUAAACAAGGCAUUGGGACCUGCACUUGGACGGCCCUUGAAUCCAGAACUAGCAGCAGAAGGUGAGAAGAUUUUAACUGCAUCCUUGUCGAAGUUGGAGUCUUUCUGGCUCAAGGGCAGUGGGAAAUUCUUGCUCGGCGGGAAUCAACCUUCUAUAGCAGAUAUCAGCCUCGUAUGCGAACUAAUGCAAUUGGAGGUUAUGGAUGACAUUGACCGAAACCGAGUUCUCAGCCCUCAUAAGAAGGUUCUACAGUGGAUCGAGUAUACAAAGGAUGCUACCAGUCCUCACUUUGAUGAAGUGCACCAAGUCAUCUUCAAAGUGAAAGAGAAGCUGAAGACCUUGAGAUCAACUGAAGCUAGCUUAGACAAAAAAGUGCAAGUGCAGUCAAGGAUGUGACUAGUCCCACUGUUACUUAAAAUGCUGUAAGACCUCUUAUUAUGAUAUCUGCAAGACUUUUUGAAUGUGACUAAUCCCACUGUUACACCAGAAAAGCAGCAAAUGAAGCUCUGUUUCACUAACAAAAAACUGCAAAAAGAAAGCUUACAAUUCUUCUUAUCCGCAAAACACAAGCCAGGAAAACCCCACUUAGAAAACAAAGAAAAACCAACCAAUUCUCCUGUGAAUCCAUACAAAAACAAUUAUAUCAACAUCAAAAUUCAAACUCGAAGCUGACUCACUACUAUGACUAUCAAACUACUACAAUGCAUAUGAUAUUUCGUUGGGAAAAGUUUCACUCAAACGCCCAUUGGUUCUCCCUGCGAAUCACUUCUUCCUCCUCCUUAGUGAAGUCAUUCUUGAUAUUGAAGUACUUCCUUAUCUCCUCCGGCGUCUUCCCCUUGAUCAGGUCGGCCACAGUCUGGCAGAUCAAAUCCAGCAGAUCCUUGACGUUCAGGUAGUUCGCCGCCAGCAGCAGGUCGUAGAGCGUGUCCUGCCCCACAUUGGCGAAUUCCGCGUCCCAUUUCUUCAAAUCGGCGUCGGAUUGAGCAGCGUGCUGGUGCUUCUUGCAGAACUCGAUCACCUUGGCCAGGAUCCCGCCGGUGACGUUGGGGAUCGGGAUGCCGUCGCCCGCGCAGUCGUCCUCGAUCAUGUGCUUGAUUGUUUGCGACUGCAUCGCCACGGCUUCCUCCACUUCGAACGACUCGCCGUCGCUGCUCUUCAGAGUGAUCAGUUUCUUCUCCGUCGACAUUGUUACGGCGACUGGAAUUCUUGAUUAGCUUUUUCCGGGGAAUCUCUUUACUGCACCGCGAGCGAUUAGAAAGCGAGAGCUGCUGAUUGAUGUUGAUGAAGAUGUGAGAAUCUGUCUCUGCCCGGAGCUACUUAUUUAUAGGAAGAGAAUCGAAUUGCUCCGAAGCUGAAUUUGAGGGAGUCCGAAACGGAAAAGGAUAAGGUAGUUUCAAUUUCAAAGAAGCGCAAGAGGUCUUUUCCACACAGAAAAAGGAAUGCUUUUAUUACUAGAUUUUGCGGGAUUUUUCCGGAAAUAGCACUCUUCACCGGGUUGGGUUGGGUUUGGGUUUAGGUAAACCCGCUCUAUGGGUACCCGCCCACACAUAUAAUUACUUUCCCGG